UAAACGUGGGCCAAACGCAUACGCAUGACUAACUGCAUAACCCUACUUUGGUCCAUUAAAUACUAUCCUAUACUCCUUCGUACUAAUAACAAAACCCUAAGCUUGGAGUGAGCGCAGACACUUCUCUUUUCCAGGGAGCGAAGAUGAAGUUCAACAUUGCAAACCCGACUACGGGUUGCCAGAAGAAGCUAGAGAUUGAUGAUGAACAGAAACUUCGUGCCUUUUAUGACAAGAGAAUCUCUCAAGAAGUCAGUGGUGAUGCUUUGGGAGAGGAGUUUAAGGGAUAUGUAUUCAAGAUCAUGGGUGGAUGUGACAAACAAGGAUUUCCCAUGAAGCAAGGAGUCUUGACUCCAAACCGUGUUCGCCUUUUAUUGCCUAGAGGUACUCCUUGUUUCCGGGGUUAUGGAAGGCGUGAUGGUGAGAGGAGAAGAAAAUCAGUACGUGGGUGCAUUGUCAGUCCUUACCUCUCAGUUCUGAAUUUGGUCAUUGUGAAGAAGGGUGAAAAUGACCUUCCUGGAUUGACUGAUGUUGAGAAGCCAAGGAUGAGGGGUCCUAAAAGAGCAUCAAAGAUUAGGAAGCUCUUCAACCUGUCCAAGGAAGAUGAUGUCAGGAAGUAUGUCAACACGUACCGCAGGACAUUUACUAAUAAAAAGGGGAAGGAGGUUAGCAAAGCUCCUAAAAUACAGAGGCUGGUCACUCCGUUGACCCUCCAGAGGAAGAGGGCCAGAAUUGCUCAAAAGAAGCAAAGGAUUGCCAAGGCUAAGACAGAGGCUCAGGAAUACCAGAAGUUGCUUGCCAAUAGGCUGAAGGAGCAAAGGGAGAGGCGCAGUCAGAGUGUGGCCAAGAAGAGGUCCAAACUCUCUAUUACUUCUAAGCCAUCUGUUGCUACUGCUUAAGCCACGUUGCAUUAAUGUACCCUUUCUUUUUUGGACUUCUUGGUUUGUUACCUAGUUUUGAUGUUUCAAGUUUUGGAGAUUUUGUUAAACAGAUGAGACUUGAUACUGCCUUUAUUUAUAUUUAGAUUGAAACUUUUGGUGCUAUUUCUCUUUCUUCACACACACUCAAUUUUUACGAGUAAGGUCCUGUUUACUUUUUUUUCUAUUAAGUCCUGUCUGGAUUAAGACGUCUGUCAGUAUUAAGACGUGUGUUUGGAAUAAGUGACACUAGUAUAACAAGCUGUUUACUAUGUGUACUGAAUGUGUAUAGUCUGAAUUAUGUCAUUUUACCAAUUUAUCCUUGUGCAUGUAAGAAGUGCUGAAUCUAUAUUAUCUUUUUACUGAUUUUGUAUUUA